AUGUCGCAGCUGUCUAGUUCGCAUAAGGACUCGCUCACAUCAGCACCAUCUCCUCCGGCUGACAGAUCAGUCUCCAGCGCCACGUCUUCUUCGCUAAAUGGCCUAAAGCAAGAUACAGCUGCAGCGCCUCUGGAGCAGUUUCCGACGACUCCCGUUCCUUCGCCACCUGCCCGGGCUGACUCUGCUCCGGCUGACUCUCGCUUCGACACGACUCCCCCGGACGGAUCACCCAUCUCCAGACCAUACCGCCGAACGAGAAGCAGUUCAAGGCCCUUGUCGAUGGUACAGACGUAUCGCCCGUUCAUGAUGGAGAUUAACGACACCAUACCCGAAUUGCAGCCUAUCUUCUCAUUCCUCAACAACCAUGGCAACAAGCUGUACCAGGAGGGCUACUUCUUAAAGCUGGACGACCAGAACACCCAUGGCCGGCCAAAUGUGGAUAGGACCUGGACCGAGUGUUUUGCACAACUGGUCGGCACAGUAUUGUCUUUGUGGGAUGCUUCCGAGCUUGACACGGCUGGUGACGAUGGCGAAGUUCUGCCAAAGUUUAUCAAUUUGACUGACGCUUCGAUAAAGAUGAUUGAAUCACUUCCCACGCGGACCGCCGGCGAUCAGCCGCUCCAGAACGUCCUCAGCGUGUCCACGGCUGGCCGGAACCGCUACUUGCUGCAUUUCAACUCACAUCACUCCCUUAUCCAAUGGACAGCUAGCAUCCGUCUCGCGAUGUUCGAGCAGUCCACUCUACAGGAGGCUUACACAGGUGCACUCAUCGCUGGCAAGGGCAAAGCGGUCAACAACAUCAACCUCAUCAUGGAACGGUCCCGUUUCAAGACAGAAGAAUGGGUGCGUGUCCGCUUUGGUUCCGGCGUACCUUGGCGCCGGUGCUGGUGCGUCAUCUCGCCGCCCAAUGAGAAGGAGGUGACGAAGCUGCAGAAGGACAUAAAGAAGCGCUCUCCGUACGACCGGUCGCAUACGCCACUGGUCAGGGGAGACAUCAAAUUCUACGACACCAGGAAAACCGGCAAGAAGCAGAAGAAGGCGAAGCCUAUUGCCACUCUAUCCGAAGCCUAUUCUGCGUAUGCUAUUUACCCGCAGUCAAAAGCCCUGAUCGAUGCUUCUACUCUUGUCAAAAUUGAGGGAAGCAUAACCAUCCACUCCAAUCCGCCGUCCACCACAGAGGGUUUUGUCUUCAUCAUGCCCGAAGUGCACCCGGCCGUCACCGGCUUCGAGAUGCUGCUGCGCUUCCUCUUCCCUGCCUGGGAUGCUUUCGGCCUCUACGGCCGUCCUGGCCGCCUUGUGGCCAGCGUUCUCGACCAGCGGUCUCUAAUGUUUGCCUUGCCCAAGCACAGACGAUACGGCUACCUGGAAACUUCGGACGUCGCUAGCCUGCUCCUCACCGAGGGAAGCUCGACAUGGACAGAGCGAGAGUGGAGGAAGCGUAUGAAGGAAGCCACUGGUCAGCACAUGGCUGCUAUGGACGAGGAAUCCAGCAGCGGAUUUAGCAGCCGCCGCACUUCGCAUCGCAGCGCUUCGUACCGCAGCAACAGUCGAUUCAGCUUUGGGUUGGGCGGAAACAGCAUCAUGGGCAGUGACCGAUCAGUCAGUGGGCGACUGAAAGUCAACUUCACUGGCGACAGAGAAUCCGACCGUUCUUCACGAUCUAUUGCUCCGGCUAUCAGACCAGCUGUGCGAACCGAUUCGGCCCCUCCUGCGUCUGAGCGCCAGCCUCUUCCAUCCUCCAUGGCGCAAGCCGUUGCCAUUGCUGCCGGACAUGGCCGGAACCUUUCAGACACCAGACUCAAUGGACUGAACGGCACCCCGAGAUCCAAUCUGACCAAUCCGCUGAUAGGCAGUGCCUUUGGUGCCGCGUAUCUCCCUUCAUCGUCCCCAUCCCCCCCAACUCGGGGUUUUGUCAGCGACCUCUCCUCUACGCCGGAGCGUGUUAGCUCCGAGGAUGAGCUGCCAACGGAUAUGGACACCCCCCCUGCAAAGGAUCUGCAUGCCAUGGCCCAGCGGAUGGAGACCCCAGAGCCCGUGCACAUGCCUCCUGCCUUCAGCCACUCGCCGUCCUCGGGACCGCCAACUACUAUUUAUCAGUCGGCUGAGCUCCGGAGGGCGAACAGCCGCCUGUCCCACACAACUCUUGCUCAAAUUGCUAAAGCCGGUGGCGUUCUGCAGAACGGCUGGGCAGACGCCGAUGGGCAGGAAAGGCAAACCACUGAAAGCGGCAGCUCUCGCAGCGAGCUGUCGGUGCCAGCGUUGACAUAUAAGCCGUCAGCAUCUACGGACCCGUUAGGUUCACCCAUCUCAUCGUUGGACUCAACUGGCACAAAUCAAGCGAAGUCUCCGUUGACUCCGACACAGAACAAUCUCGUCCCUGCCCCCGAUUUUCUGACAGAUUAUCUCUCGCAACCCACCAAUGGAUUCUCUGCGCUGCCGCCCCUGCAAACCUCCCCUCGGGUUCUUAGGAAGCCUGUUCCGGCAGGGCUGGAUUACCAGCCGCAGGACAAUAUCUCCGAACCCCAUUCGGCGGCGACUAGUCUUGGAAGCAUACCCUCGUACCUUAUUAAUGAGGCUGCCCUUGACCAGGUUCGAUACAACGAGGAGGACAACGUGGAACAGCGCAACGUUUUCCGCCAGAACACAAAGAGAAGCGAAGCAAGCAGCCGAUACGACGAUGCCUCUUCGACGGCGAGCCCGGACUAUGCUAGCACACUAGGAUCGAACGAACCUCGAGAAUCGGUGGAACGACCACGGGCGGGUGUGCUGCGUACAGUUGGCGAAACCCAUUCGUCAGAGUCUGGAGAGGAAACCUUCGACAUUCCUGAAAUCAACUUUGGGCCGACCUUGAACUAUGCUGCGCAGGCCUCCCAACGCAACAUGACGCCUACCCCGUUCUCGGGCCCUUCAAGUCCCCCUACGACGAUGCCCGCCCGGAAGCCCACUCGCGACAAGCUGCAAUCUAUGGAGUCGAUCCACCGCCGGCAGGAGUCAGAGGAGACAAUCAAGCGGCGGAGUGUUGCCUGGCAACCUGCAGCGACGAUCGCUGGAGGCUCCACUGGUAGUGGCGGUGAGGGUCGGGCUGGUGCUUUGACUCCGGAACAGUUCGUGUUGCAACGCGCUGCCCAAGCUUCUAUCAGUCCAAUGUACUCCCAUCAACGUGUUGCGUCCACCAACUCGGUUUCCGGCAUCAUCGCCAACAAUACAUCAUCUCCCACACUGCACACCAGUUCAAGCUACGACAUGCUCAACUCCGUGGCAGGCGCCCAGCUACAGCGGCCCAGCUCGCAGGGUGCAAACAGUGCUCUCGGUCUUGCCGCCACACCCGAUGUCGGCUCACAUCUGUCCGCCCGGGAGCAGGAGUAUCUGGCCCGCAUGACCGGUGGCCCCUUGAUCAAUAUGGCAGGCAAUCACCGGCCUCAGCCUAGCGACAGUGGUCCCGGUCUUGCAAGGCCGCCUCUGGGCUCACACCAAAGCAGCUAUGGCCAGGUGGCCGAACCAGGCUGGGCGCAGCCUCUUCCCGGCACUUGGCCAGCGAUGCAGGGCCCUAUGCAAGGCGCGCAACAGGUACCGUACAUGCGCGGCGGGAGUCCUCAGCAAGGACACCAAUCCUACGGGCAAUAUCCCGGUCGUGCCUUUUAG